AUGAAGAUUAUUCAAUCAUCAUUGUGUUUGAUCAGUCUUCUCAUAAUCUUGCCUUUGAUCUUUGCUGCUUCUUCUUCAUCUGAAGAUUUCGAUUUCUUCUACUUCGUCCAACAAUGGCCAGGAUCAUACUGUGACACACAGAAGAGUUGUUGUUAUCCAACUACAGGCAAACCAGCUGCUGAUUUUGGUAUUCAUGGUCUCUGGCCUAAUUACAAAGAUGGAACUUAUCCAUCUAACUGCGACGCCACUAAACCAUUCGAUAAAUCAACGAUAUCGGAUUUGAUCAGUUCGAUGAAGAAGAGCUGGCCGACAUUGGCUUGUCCGAGCGGUUCAGGUGAGGCAUUUUGGGAACACGAAUGGGAGAAACACGGUACUUGUUCCCAAUCGGUUAUCGACCAACACCAGUAUUUCCAAACAGCUCUUGGUCUUAAACAGAAAACCAAUCUACUUGGAGCUCUAACAAAAGCCGGGAUUAAUCCGGAUGGACAAUCGUACAGUUUAGAGAGCAUAAGAGACUCGAUCAAAGAGUCAACUGGGUUCACUCCUUGGAUUGAAUGUAACAGAGACGGAUCUGGUAAUAGCCAAUUGUACCAAGUCUACCUCUGUGUUGACCGUUCUGCUUCCGGUUUAAUCGAAUGUCCGGUUUUCCCUCAUGGAAAAUGUGGAGCCGAGAUUGAAUUCCCUUCUUUUUAA